GUCACACCUGUCAAUCAAAGUCGCUUCUCUCUGUGACGACUGACUAGUGACGACUAGCGGGAGGGUGAGAGAAACGAAAACCUCCCUUCUGCUUUGAUGACAGUAUGCUUCUGUAAUCUUCAAUCUCACCAACUUUCUUUGUAACUAAUCAUUUGUAAAAAAAAAAAAAAAGCGACGCACAGCUUUAUCUGCUGAAGUGCGAAAGGAUUUUUUUGUGUGUUGCUGAAGGCGUGUCGUGCAUCUGUGUUAUUAUGCUAAAAUCUCUCAUGUGAUGUCUUGAUAUUCCCGCCACUAAGAUAACUGUAACGUUAUAUCAAUGACAGAUGGCUGGACAAAACUCGGAAAUCGAGCUUGAUUUGAUCAAAACUGGGGAGAGAACCACGUUGGUAAAAGCUGUAACGGAGGCAUCCAGCACAGCACCUAGGAGGCUCUCGCCAAUUCCUGAGCUGGAUCUCUGGGAGAAAGAAGCCGAAACGGACUCUACAGAAUUCACAUACUCCUUAUGCUCAGUGGACAGAUACAGCACUGCCUCCUCCUCUGGCAGCUCCCUAUCUGACUCCCAGGAGAGAGGAGAACUCUGUGCCGGGAUUGUGCUGAAUUGUCUCUUCUGCCGAUUCUACGACUUGUUCCUCAUGCUACCUGAAACAUUGGAGCGAGCUGCUCACUCCAUCUGCCCUGCCUACAUGCUUUUCUCACCACCCGCAGAACCUUCGCAUAAUAACAGCUGGAACUGCAGUUGUGAUUUUGACUGUGGCCUUACAGACGCCUGCCACGAAACAGGGGAAUGUCUUGAACUAGUGAUGGAAAUUUCUGAGGUUUGCUAUCACUGAGGUCCCUGCAAAACUGAAGAUAUUGCUUUUUUGGGAGAAAACUUUUCAAUUCCACAUCACUUUGAAAUGAAAAAGUUUGUAUUUCUAUCCCAGAACACCACGGUCUAUGCCAAAGCAAGCUACAGAAGUAAAUGUUAAUUUGGACCUACAGUAUCAUAAUCAAAAUAAGUCUUGGAAAAUAAAUGUUAACAUGACAUUAAAGGGGUGAUAUGAUGCGAUUUCAAAUUUUCCUUUCUUUUUGGAGUGUUACAAUCUCUUGGUACAUAAAGAAGAUCUGUAAAUUUGCAAAGACUAAAGUUUCAAAUCCAAAGAGAUAUUCUUUAUCAAAGUCUGCCACGCCCCCCUAAAACGGCUCAUUCAAAUACGGCCCCACGUCUAAGCCACUAUGUGGAAAUAUUUGCGGUGGUUUCAGUAACCGAAGUUAGUGUUGAAGCAGCCAUGUCAGGGAGGUGCUGUGUGUAUCUAGGCGAAAGCAAAAGCACUUUUUUUGGCCCUCCGAAAGUAGAUGCAUGUAGGAAUCUUUAAAA